AUAACGGCACAGUGAGCGCUAAGAUGCAGCCAAACGCAGGUUGUAAGCUGCGAUAAAAACAACUUAUUGCUUUGAACGAAUAGGAGGAUAAACAGGCGACAGGGUGCCCUUUUGGUCAUUCUGCACAUUUGUAAAUACGUUUCGACCGCGCGCCAUCACACAAUGCUGCUCCUCAAUUGCGUUCUGUUGCUUCUGUUCAGCUUUGACAUAAGACCUACGGGGGCUGAGGGAUGCUCCGGCACGGGAUGUGGGAAGUGCGACUGCUCUGGGGUCAAAGGUGAAAAGGGUGAGAGGGGGUUUCCAGGACUGCAAGGCAACAUGGGAUUUCCUGGAAUGCAAGGACAUGAGGGGCCCCCAGGGCCAGUUGGCCCCAAGGGAGACUUCGGAGACUCAGGAGUGCCCGGGCUGAAAGGAACACGUGGUCCUCCAGGUUUGCCGGGGUUUCCGGGAAACCCAGGUCUCCCAGGAAUCCCAGGGCAAGAUGGCCCCCCAGGUGCAGCAGGCAUCCCGGGUUGUAAUGGGACGAAGGGGGACCGGGGCAAUGAUGGCUUGCCAGGAUUUCCUGGACCAAGCGGCCCUCCUGGUAUCCCCGGAUUGACAGGAGACAAGGGGGAUGCCGGCGGCAUCAUCGGCGGCUUCAUCCCAAAGAAAGGAGAGAAGGGUUUCAGCGGAAUGCCCGGUCAGCAGGGAGCGCAGGGAGGUCCCGGAAUUCCAGGCCAAAAUGGACCCGUAGGACCUCCAGGACCCCGGGGGAAUCCUGGCCCCCCUGGCCCCAAAGGAGAGCAGGGUGACAAGCUGUCUUUCCAAGGUGAAAAAGGUGAUAAGGGAGACCGAGGACACCGGGGUCCUCCUGGGCCCACGUCUCCCCCCCAUGAACAGGAGAAACCUCCUAUUACAAUUGCUGUACCUGGACCGCAGGGUGAAACAGGGGAACGUGGUGGAAAAGGAGAGAAAGGUUACUGUUUACCCUACCAGACUGGUGUCAAAGGGGAACCUGGCUCUCCUGGCCCAAGGGGUAAACCAGGCAAGGACGGAGAGAAUGGGAGUAAAGGCGAGAAAGGGUUUUCUGGAGGCCCCGGGUACCCUGGACAGCCGGGUGAAAAGGGAGAGCGAGGACGUCCAGGAUAUGGUGAUAGUGCUCCUGGCCCAGCAGGUCAACCCGGUCCUCAAGGUCCAAAAGGAGACAAGGGUUUCCCUGGGCUUCAAGGAGUCCGGGGUCUUCCUGGCAAUGUGAUUGAGGGCCCCCCAGGGGAGAAAGGAUUCCCAGGAGAGAUCGGUCAGAAAGGGGACAGGGGUAUCGAUGGGCUGUCACUGCUUGGACCAAAAGGCAUAAACGGGGCCCCGGGGCCACCUGGCCCACCUGGCCCUCCAGGUGAUGGAGACUGCAACAUAAACCACGGCCCCCCGGGGCCACCCGGGCCCCCCGGACUCGGUGGAGAAGAGGGCCAGAAAGGUGACCAAGGAGAGACCUGCUUGCAUUGUGUGGCCCAUGGUCUCCCUGGCCUUCCGGGCCCACCUGGCCCAGAGGGAAAACAAGGUUUCCCUGGACCUGGCGGCAGCAAAGGAGAGCAGGGUCUAUCUGGGCCUCCUGGUCGUCAGGGUGACCCAGGCAGCACUGGUUCCCCAGGGCUGAUAGGGGCCCCAGGAGCCCAUGGACCGCCAGGUGACAUCUAUGCAGCACCAGAACUGAAGGGGGACAAGGGCUUUCCUGGCACCCCAGGGUCAAGGGGUCUACCGGGAGUGGACGGGCUCCCUGGCCGGGAUGGGAUCCCGGGCCAUACUGGAGUCAAAGGAGAGCCAGCAACUGUGGGUAUCAAAGGAGACAGGGGCAGGGAUGGAGACCCGGGUUCGAUUGGGACACCAGGAGAGCGAGGGCCCCCUGGGAUCCCAGGGUUUGGUCUUCCUGGGGAGCCGGGAGAGAAGGGUGAUCAGGGGGUGCCAGGGCGCCCAGGAGCUCCAGGCUUUGCAGGACCCAAAGGUGAAGCUGGGAAAGGUGUUGGCUCACCUGGGCCACAAGGUGUCCCUGGACCUCGAGGGGACAUGGGAAGACCUGGCCGGCAAGGUGAUCAAGGUCCUCGAGGGGACACUGGCAUGCCAGGUUUCCCUGGACAGAAGGGUGACCCAGGCCUCCCAGGAAUUGGAUUACCUGGCCUCCCAGGCCCUAAAGGUUUUUCUGGAAUACCGGGUGCAUCUGGGAUACCUGGAGCACCAGGAGCAGCUGGGCAGGAUGGUUUCCCCGGAAAAACUGGCUCACCAGGGCAAAAGGGGGAACCAGGGCGGGGUCUUCCUGGGGCCAAGGGGUCCAUGGGGCCUCAGGGGGUCUCUGGGUUCCCAGGAGAGAAGGGCAGUUCUGGGUUACCUGGCAUCCCAGGACGUGAGGGACAGACAGGGCCUCCUGGGGCUCAGGGAAUCAAAGGUGAUUCAGGACCCCCAGGGCUGCAUGGGAUUGAGGGGCCACCUGGCCCCCCAGGACCAGGCGAGCCAGGACCACCUGGGCCCAUGGGCCAAGCAGGCUUACCUGGCCCCUUUGGAAACGUGGGAGUGAAGGGGGAAAAGGGGUACCCCGGCCUCCCUGGCCUGGACAUGCCCGGACCUCAGGGGGAGAAGGGUAGCGAAGGGCUCCCGGGAAUAGUGGGAUCCAAAGGCUUUCCCGGAAGAGCAGGCCCUGCUGGAAGAGACGGGUUUCCAGGCCAGCCAGGUCCCAAGGGGGAGAUGGGGGUGAUAGGAACACCGGGGACCCCCGGAUACCAGGGCGUUCCUGGGGGUCCCGGCGCCCCAGGACCGAGAGGUGACACUGGGGUCACUGGGGGGAAGGGAGAGUUCGGCGAGCCGGGACCCAAAGGAGAGAGAGGAGAGCGGGGUCAGAAGGGACCCCCUGGCAGCAUGAGCGAAGUGGACAUGGUGCUCAUGAAGGGAGACAAGGGAGAUGCUGGGGACAGAGGUGGUCCCGGACGAGCGGGAGAAAAAGGAUACCAGGGACAGCCCGGAGUACCAGGAAUGCCAGGAAAAGACGGAGAACCAGGGUCACCAGGACAACCAGGACAGAAAGGUGACAUUGGAAAACCAGGGGAGCCAGGAAGUGUUGGAUCACCUGGACAUAAAGGCAGCAUUGGGGAAAUGGGCAUGCCAGGCUCAUUAGGAUCAAAAGGUGCUAAAGGAACGAUCGGGACACCUGGCCACCCUGGGCUCCCCGGCUCUGGGGGAGAGAGGGGGGAUAAAGGGGACGCGGGACAGCCAGGUGUCGGGGUUCCUGGACCCCCUGGAGAGAAGGGUCAGAUAGGCUUGCCUGGUUUUCCUGGAACCUCUGGAGAAAAGGGUCAGAAGGGGGUGAUGGGAGUCCCGGGAAUGCCAGGAUCGCCAGGCCAGAAGGGAGACGUGGGCUUAGAAGGCCGGCAAGGAAGCCCUGGAACCCCGGGAGCGAAAGGCAUCAGUGGCUUUCCAGGUCGCCCAGGAGACCCAGGUGUACCAGGACGGCCAGGUGAGCCAGGUUUGCAGGGCCCAUCAGGACCCUCGGGCGAGAAAGGUGAGCCAGGUGUGGAUGGGAUACCCGGGUCCUCAGGAGAGAAGGGAGACCCAGGUGUGCCUGGCAGAGGCUUACCUGGGAGCCCUGGCCAAUCCGGCACCAAAGGUGACAAAGGCGACGCAGGUGUCCCAGGUUUUCCCGGAAGCCCAGGUAUCCCGGGAAUAAAGGGCAUCAAGGGCACGGUCGGUGAACAGGGCCAGCCAGGCUGGCCGGGGGAACGGGGCCUCCCCGGGCCCUCCACUGAAGGGCCAAAGGGAGAGAAAGGAGUGCUGGGGGCUCAGGGAGAGCCAGGUGCGCCUGGAGCUGCGGGUCAUCCUGGAAUUCCGGGAAGUGUAGGAUCCAAAGGGGAGAGGGGAGACGAGGGUUCCCCUGGCCCCCCGGGACGGCAGGGUGAAAAGGGGGAUAGAGGUCAUCCAGGAUUUCCUGGACAAACUGGGCUGCCUGGAGUCAAUGGGUAUAAAGGUGACGUUGGACAACAGGGAGUACCUGGAUUCCAAGGGUCGAAAGGUGACACUGGAGUGAUCGGGCUCAAGGGCGAGCUGGGAGACAGAGGUUCCUCCGGGGAGAAAGGCAGUGUUGGGCCCCCCGGGCCUCCUGGACCCCACACCUUAGUCAAAGGAGACAUUGGCUUCCCAGGGAUUCAAGGCCCCCAGGGGCCCAAGGGACAGCCCGGAUUUCCCGGACUGAAGGGGCUUCAAGGUGUAACGGGACAACAGGGUGACAAAGGAGACGAUGGGGUGCCUGGGUACCACGGACGUCCCGGCUCCAAGGGAGAGCCCGGCCCUCUUGGACCCUCAGGUCCCCGAGGGUAUCCGGGCCCCCCAGGGCCCGACGGCCUGCCCGGCCAGGUGGGGCCUCCGGGUCCCUCGUCGAUGGACCACGGGUUCCUGGUGACCCGCCACAGCCAAACGGUGGAGGUGCCAGGCUGCCCCGAGGGCACCAGCCUCAUCUACGACGGAUACUCCCUCCUGUACGUCCAGGGCAACGAGCGUUCGCACGGUCAGGACCUCGGAACCGCAGGGAGCUGCUUGAGGAAGUUUAGCCCCAUGCCCUUCCUCUUCUGCAACAUCAACAACGUCUGCAACUUUGCCUCCCGGAACGACUACUCCUAUUGGCUGACCUCGCCGGAGCCCAUGCCCAUGAGCAUGGCACCCGUCACCGGGCAGAGCAUCAAGCCCUUCAUCAGCAGGUGUGCUGUGUGUGAGGCUCCAGCCAUGGUGAUCGCAGUCCACAGCCAGACCAUAAUGAUCCCGCCCUGCCCUACCGGAUGGGACUCCAUGUGGAUUGGAUACUCCUUCGUCAUGCACACCAGCGCGGGGGCGGAAGGUUCCGGUCAGGCCCUGGCGUCCCCCGGCUCCUGCCUGGAGGAGUUCCGCUCCGCCCCCUUCAUCGAGUGCCACGGGCGGGGCACCUGCAACUACUACGCCAACUCCUACAGCUUCUGGCUGGCCACCAUCGAGGAGAGCGAGAUGUUUAAGAAACCCGUCCCAACGACGCUGAAGGCGGGAGACCUGCGCACGCACAUCAGCAGGUGCCAGGUGUGCAUGAAGAGGACGUAAAAAGGCUCUCCGGAACGGCUCUUUUUUCCUUUCGUCCGUACUUUUCUUGUGUCUGUGUUUUGUCUCCUUACAAACGAUGGUGCUAUUUCAUGAGAAGGACAGAUUCACCCAUCCCAAACUCACCGCGUGUUCCUUUCUGUGCAUACAGCGCUGAACGGGCAGGACUUUGAGCUGGGAGAGCAGCAGGUGCUUAGCUCGUUACGGUGCACUCAGCUCUAACUUUGCCCGAAACACUUCCGCUACGUGGCCAAACACGUUUCAGCUACAUCGCCAAAAAAUAUUUUUAUCCAGAGUGGCACUUUAUUACUGCACUGAAUAUACCCCAAUGUAAGCAAGUGUCCAUUUUAAAGGAGUGUGUGUGUGUGUGUCAGUCAGGUGCUAUUUACUUUAUAUAUCUUUAUCCACAUUUUCCAUUAAGUAAUACCUUGAUGUUUUUUUUUUUUUUUUUUACAGAUCCCACCUAACUCAGUUUAUAGAUAUAAAUACUUUUGUUGUUUUUUAAAAAAUUUUAUUCCAAAGAUGUACUAAUGCUAAGGCUGAGCUUACGGAUAACUGUAGUUGAAAUCUCCAUUAGAUAAAGGUUGACAUAAUACUGACAGUAUCAUAAGCCUCACUGUAAAUAUAUUGCAUCCAAAGUACUAAUCGCUGCAACCAAAAUGUGUCAGAUAAUCACUUUCCUUUUUGUGAAACUUCUUUUUAAUUUAUAAAUGAAAAUAUUUUGAAAAAAAAACCACCAAAAAACAGGAAAGUCAAAGGUCAGGCACUCACAAUGCAGACGGCAGUUUAAAAUGGCCUCCGUUUCGCCAUGGAAACAGAGCCUGUUGGCUUGGCUGUUGAUUUGUAUUACUGCAAAAAAACUGUGGGGCGCAUAGAAUAGCAGCUCUGGACUCACUUUCCCAGAUGCCUCGGCGUGUUUAGACGCACGUUUUGGGGGUAGAGAUGCCACCGUAUUCACACGCACAGUUUUCUGAGGGCACUGACAGUGACCUGCAGAAAGGGGGCAGUAGAGAGCAGAAUAUGACCCCGGGGUCUGUGUUCCAUGAUGAACGACCACUGUAAGGUGAAUCAGUUGCGCCUCAUACGAUUUGGCACGUGAGACAGAUUCAGGAUCAUGGAGUCAGGCUCACCAGCUGCCGAUUGGGGGGGGCGGGGGGGCUGCUUGGUUGUCAAGGCGCCGGCAGUCCCACCCACAUCGCCCCCUGCUGGUGGUCUGUAAACAACCACACACUGAGUCCCAUGCCGGUGAUAAUGAAUCACCAUUAUACCCACUCAGUAUUCAGCUCGUUCUAGUGGUACCGUUCGCGUUAUUACUGGUAAUGGAAGAGCGCAGAGACGAUAACACCUUAAACUGACGGAACUAAACUAAAUCUGUCACCAUGUAAAAGGCCAGGGACGAACUCCGGCAGCGAUGCCUAUCCAGGCUCAGCCAGCAGACGCAGUGCAGUUCUCAGACACAGUGAAGUGACCUGCGUCUGAGGUCCGCCACUUUAAAGCCCAGCGCACGGAGAGAACUCGUGCCCACACACCGGAACAUUCCAGCUGAGUCACACCGCAGACUUUAAACCACUGCCCACGCUGGUCUUCAGAAGACGCCAGCUGGGAGUGUGCGUUGGGUGAGCACGCAGGAGUGCACCCUGGACAGGUCACCGAUCUGCUGCAGCAGACCCACACUUUCAGGCAAAAGACAAUCAGAGGUAUAUAUGGAAAAGUCUUAACAAGACACUGGCUGGUUAGAUCGACCCCCCCCCCGCCCCCCAUCUUUUUUGUAUCUUGAAUCCCAUUGGUCACACCUGCAGUUUACCCACAAUUCUGCGGUUCGGGGGCUUGUGAGAUAUAUUUAAGGAAUAGAGAACAGGCACACCAGCUCGAGUCCAGUACGUGGCAAACGGUUCCUGUCAGUUUUUUUUUUUAUUCAAACAGAGUUUGAACUGUGCUUUUGAGCGUCCUCGAGCGGUAUUAACUGUACUUACCGGCGUUCUCUGGGACUUCCUGUCCGUGGGACGUCGCCACCGAUGCGAGAUCGUUUGUGGUGCAGUACGCUGCCGCGUUUAACCGAAACCCUUGCAGUACCUCUCUUCAGCCCAGAACGAAUCGCGUAAUUCAUGCAAUAAAGUAAUUUGUAUAAAAAAAA